CUUUGUUUGUCUGUUACUGGCCAGAACAGGCGGUGAUGGUGAUAUUGUUUGUCAAGACUGGUAUGAACUAGUAGUAGUGGCUGACAUAUCACAGCCAACCAUGCCCCUGCUUUUUUGGAUUAACAACAACCAGACACCACCAAACAAAAUGGCGAUGAUCCCCAACUUUUCAAAUUGCCGUGUUGUUUCCUUACCUUUGCGGUAAUUCAAUAACCUAUCCAUCAGCGAUGACCGGAUCGAAGACCAAAACCCCCCAAGUAUCACCCAGAGCGAAAUUCAAUUAUGCUCAUGGUCCAGCUCCCCUAUCGGAAUUUCAGGACCUAGGCAACGGAAUCCUCUUCUUGGAUCCAGCAGCAGCAGCAGCAGCAUCACCACCAAACCAUGACGGUAACCACAACCAUACCCCUCAACUCAUAGUUCUCUGCACCUGGCUAGGCGGCGCCACUCCCCGGCGCAUCGCCAAAUACACCUCAGGCUACCGGCGUCUCUUCCCCGCCUCGCCCAUCCUCGUCAUCCAAACCGUCAUUGCCGAUUUCACCGUCCGUUCCGAACAGGCCAUUCGGCGAAACCUAGCCCCGGCAAGAGACGUCAUUCGACAUGUCCUCCUUACCCACGAUCGCUCCAAUUCCCAAUUACAUGCAGGAGCAACUUAUAGCGCACCGGAAAACAAGAGUCACGGGACAGGCACGGGAAUCUUGUUACACAUCUUCUCCAACGGCGGGUGCCACCUAUCCCUCCAACUAGCCCACACCUACCUCUCCUCUUUUGGUGACAACUCACUCCCCGUCACGCUACAAAUCCUCGAUUCCUGCCCUGGCACGUUUUCCAUUGCGCAGACCUAUGGAGCAGCAGUGCAUUCUGUGCCCUCGCAUCAUCCUUGGGUAUUACAGAGCAUGGAGCGAUGGGGGUUGUGGAGCGCGGUGGUCCUGAUUGCGGGAAUACAGCACGGACUACCGAGAGCGAUUGGGGAGAAUGUGCUAAGACAAAAGUUGUUGGGUGGGGUGGGGGUGGAUUUUGAGGGGAUGAGGGGGGGAGUUUUGGAUGAUGGACUUUUUGGGGGACAGGGAAAUGGGGGAAAAGAAGAAGGAGGAGGGGGAACGGGGACGGGGAGGUUGUAUUUGUAUUCGAAAGCGGAUGAGGUGGUGGGGUGGAGGGAUGUUGAGAGGCAUGUGAGGCAGGCUAGGAAGUUGGUGGUGAAGAAGAAGAGUAAGAAGGGGGGAGGAGAUGAUGAAAGACAAGGGUUGGUGAGAGCGGAGAGGUUUGAAAAGGCGAGCCAUUGUGCGUUGGUGAUGGAGGAUGAGGAGAGGUAUUGGAGGGCUGUGAGGGAGAGUUGGGAGAGGCAAAUGGAGAGGAGGCGGAUGCGGAGAGAGAGUCGCGAAGAAGAGGAGUGUGAACCCGGAAAAGUCGUGUUGGGGGCUACAAAUGAACAAGGGGGAGAAGGGGGGUUGGCGAGGAGCCAGGAACAAGGUUCGGUGUUGAAGAAGGAGUUGAGUCGAGAGCAGCUGAGGCUACUAAGUCUAGGAGAGGUCGCACUAGCAAGCUCUGACGGACUCGACGCUUCUGCUGUCGACGUUGCGAAGAACAGCUUAGAAGAUGGGGUGCGGUUUCGAUAAUCGUAUCGGGAAGAGGAUUUGCUAUUCUUGUUGCAGUUUGAUUUAUGGGACUCCAAAAGGAAUAGACACAUGGAGCGUGCCUCAGAAGACCGUUGGUACUCUCGUCUAUGAUAGCGUGGUUUGUAAUUAACAACAGCUCUCAUCAUGAUCAUCCAGACGAUGUGACAGUAUACAUGAGACAAUCAGAUAUAAAACCAGUUUGAGCAACGGCGGUCUGCGUCCUCUCAAAGAUAAC